AUGGCAACGUUGAUCAAUCGAUGCUCCAACGCAAUCAGAACAAAUUUGCCAGUCAACACCGAGAGCCAGAUCGUACCAAGUCGAUGCACACCGGGAGACACACAAACUACCUAUCGAUCACUGCCACACAUUCCAGAAUUGACCACAUCCAUAGCGAAACACCUGCUAAUCGAUUAUCCGCACCUGAAAAUAGCACUAAAACCCGUCAAAACAAUAUGUUCGCAUACGAAUAAACCAGCGUGGCCUGGCUGUCAAACUUAUAAACAACCUUGUGCGAAGAUCCCUCGGUCAUCGAAUUUUCGAAGUCAUCCCAUCAAACUAUCAUCGAUGCAGAAUGCCGAUUGUCAUUUGUUGACUUCCUUGUUCCGCCAGCUAGAAUAUUCACCGAGAUCGAUCUACGUUCUCGCUUACGUUCCGGCCUUCGUCUUACCUCCCGCCAUCAUGUCUAACGAGCGACGAGUGAAGGCCCUUAAAAAUCGAAUGAAGAGUCUGCAGACGUCCUUCUCGCUCAUCACAACGUUUGCAGAUAACUACCAAGAGGAUCAACACGCUCCAGAAGUACCGGUUCGCCUGGAGAACCUAAACAAAGUGUGGACUGACUUCUCUACUGUUCGGUCGGAACUAGAAGCUCUAGAUGAAGCCGGUAUGGAACAGCAUCUGAAGGAUCGAGCCACCUACGAAUCGGCGUACUACAGGGUUAAAGGCUUUCUCCUGUCCGUAAAUAAAUCGCCACAGUCGUCUCCGACACCUCUCGCCUCGACUUCUACUUCAAACCAGCAAGGCCCUACGUCAUCCCACGUUCGUCUACCAGACAUAAAACUUCCGGUUUUCAAUGUGAAAAUUUUACUAUCUUCGCUCUUUGUCUCCGGUGAUGCUCUUAAACUUGUUCAAACGAUUCCCAUCACAGCUUUAAAUUACCCCGUUGCAUGGAAUUUAUUGGAAGAGCAUUAUAAGAACAAGCCACGCUUGAAACAGUCGUACCUUAACGCCCUCUUCGAGUUCGCUCCCCUCAAACGCGAGUCGGCAGCAGAUUUACACGCCCUGGUCGAAAGGUUCGAGUCAAACGUAAAAGUGCUACAGCAACUAGGAGAGAAAACGGAGUUCUGGGAUCUUAUUCUCAUUCGAAUGCUCAGCGUCCGUCUAGAUGCCACUACCCGUCGCGAUUGGGAAGAAUACUCUUCGUCCAAGGACGGUAUCUCGUUUAAAGAUUUAACAAGCUUUAUUCAGCGAAGAGUAUCUGUUCUUCAAACACUAAAAGAAAAAAGUGUGGAAACUCCGCCCUCCGUACCGUCGUUAAACCAGCCGAAAAGGUUUCCCCAACGUCCGACUGCCUGUCACACUGUCAGCCAGUUCUCCACUAAUCGGAAAUGCUGCAUCUGCUAUGAGCAUCACCCGCUCUACAUGUGUCCAACGUUUUCGAAAAUGAGCGUUGAGGACAAAGAAAAGGAGAUUCGUCGUCUACAACUAUGUAGAAACUGCCUGCGUAAAGGACACGUCGUUCGGGACUGCCAGUCUUCCAGCUCGUGUCGCAAAUGCAAAAACCGUCACCAUACUCAACUUUGUUCCAUUGAACCCGCUAUGGCUGCGAGCCAACAUCAUACAGCGUCGUCGAAGUCAACAGUGAAUCUCACUUCUGAAACCCAACCACGAACAUCAGCCACAGUGACUGUUAACGAGAUUCCCAGCUGCGCCAAUACUGAAACUAACCAUACUAGUGUACUUCUCGCCACCGCCGUGGUCCUUUUCGUCGAUGAUAAUGGAACUGAGCAUGUAGUUAGAGCACUCCUCGAUUCUGGCAAAAGGUUUCCGUCCCUAUUUCUGAAAUCGGUCAAGCUACCGUCAACGCUAAGUUUGCAGUUCCAAUCACGAGUCUGCAAUUACUCUACUACAGUUGAAUGUUUGGUUUUACCCCGGUUGACAUUGGACUUGACCUCCACCUCCAUCGAUGCUUCUACUUGGAACAUUCCGCCCGGGAUCCAGCUUGCAGAUCCAGCUUUCUUCAGUCGCAAAGUAAUCGAUCUAGUUCUAGGGGCAGAUGUCUUUUUCGAGGUCUUUAACGUCACGGGUCGAAUUCGAAUUGGCGAUGAUCUUCCGCUUCUCAUUAAUUCUACGUUCGGUUGGGUAGUUUCAGGAAGAAUUUCCAGCCCAAAAUCUAACAGACCGUUCGUCGCAAAUGUUGCUACCAUCGGCGAUUUGACGCAAAUGAUGGAACGAUUCUGGACUAUUGAAGAGGGAAAUCCGUCGUCAUGCCACUCUGUCGAAGAAGCCGCCUGUGAAACUCACUUCAAAGAAACCGUCUCUCGUAACGAACAAGGACGAUACAUUGUUCGCUUACCCGUAAAACCUGAUGUCUUAGCCCGGCUUGGCGACAACCGUCGCGCCGCAUUCCGAACGUUUCGAGCCAUGGAAACGCGAAUGGCUCAGAAUCCGCACCUUCGUGAACAAUACGUCGACUUUAUGACCGAAUACGCCACCUUGGGACAUAUGAAAAAAGUCGACGACUACGAAACACCGCCCAACCCUUGCUACCAUCUUCCGCACCAGGCUGUUAUCAGAGAAGAAAGCACGACCACCAAAGUUCGCGUCGUUUAUAAUGCGUCGUGGAAAACGAGCCAAGGCCCUUCCCUGAACGAUGCACUUAUGGUGGGGCCCAUCGUCCAAGAUGAUAUGAGAUCCAUCAUCAUUCGCGGCAGAACUCAUCGCGUUAUGCUAGUUGCUGAUGCUAAACAAAUGUUCCGCCAGGUCUUGGUUGAUGACCGCGACACCGCUUUGCUGAGAAUCCUAUGGAGAAACUCACCUGAUUUACCACUGGACACGUACGAGCUGAAAACGGUUACCUAUGGGACAGCCUGUGCACCUUUUCAAGCUACAAGAGUUUUAAUACAGCUGGCCGACGACGAACAACACGACUUUCCAGAAGCUGCUCAAGUCCUGCGCAAGGAUUUUUAUGUGGAUGACCUUUUCUCCGGAGCAGAAAGCAUAGAGAAGGCCAUCGAACUUCGAGAACAACUUACCUCACUUCUUGAAAGAGGAGGAUUCGUCCUACGUAAAUGGGCAUCUAACAAACCUGCAGUUCUUCGUGACGUCUCUACUGAUAAGCUGGCUCUAGAACCAUCAGUAGAUCUCUCUCGUGACCAAUGCAUAAGGACACUCGGAUUAAAUUGGGAACCUGCCACCGACCACUAUCGCUACCGUAUCUCAUUAACGUCUGAUCCUGCAGAAACAACUAGCACCAAAAGAAAUGUUCUUUCGAAAAUUGCCCGACUUUUCGACCCCAUUGGACUAGUGGGGCCCGUAAUCACGACUGCAAAACUAUUCAAGCAAGAGCUGUGGACUUUAAAAAAUGACGCUGGAGAAAUGUGGGGCUGUGAUGAUCAAUUAACAAGGGCCAUCAAGGAGCGAUGGCUGGCUUACUGCAAUCAACUUCCGCGACUGAACGAUUUGAAAAUCGAGCGAUGGGUUCUAUGUGAAACUCCGUCGUCGAUUGAACUCCAUUUCUUCUCAGACGCUUCACAGCAUGCAUACGGCGCAUGUUGCUAUUUUCGCUCUGUCGACGCUUACGGCACAAUCAAAGUUGCACUACUAACAGCUAAAUCUCGCGUUGCCCCUCUUCAGCAGCAGACCAUUCCCCGCUUAGAAUUGUGUGGCGCCCGCCUAGCUACGGAGCUGUUCCAACAGGUAACGUCACACUGCACUUGGAAUCACGUUGCUGGCCAAGUCAACCCCGCGGAUUGCAUCUCCCGCGGAACAGAAGCAGGAAAAAUUCUGAACGACGACCUGUGGUGGCACGGGCCACCAUGGUUGCAGCUCGACCCUUGUUUCUGGCCAAACCAAUCGACAUCCACACAAAACGAGGAUGUUUUUCUUGAAGCACGUCAGGUACCAGUGAAUGCAACAGCAGCCGUCACCCCACCUUCAUUUAUCGAUUCGCUAGUGAGCAAGUUUUCGAACUACAAUAAACUACUACGCAUCAUCGCAUAUUGUCGCCGUUUCGUUCGAAGAUACAAACCAACUUCCGAACCGUCUACAUCACCAGCACAUCCGUUCCUCAGCUCAAAAGAGCUACAAGAAGCCGAAGCCGUCGUCAUUCGUCUGGUACAACAACAGCCGUACAAUGAGGAAUGGAUUGCACUGCAAAACUCACGACCAAUGCAAUCUAAAUCCAAACUUCGUUGGUUUCAACCCUUUAUUGGCAGUGAUCAGCUGAUGAGAAUCGGGGGCCGUCUAACUCAAGCGCCCCAACCUUACGAUAGUAAACAUCAAAUUAUCUUACCAGGAAAACACCCACUAUCCUCUCUUUUGCUUCGUUCACUACAUCACAACCAUUUGCACGCCGCCCCUCAGCUACUGGUGAAUGUUCUCCGCCUGCGAUAUUGGAUCACAGGGGCCAGAAACUUGGCGAAAAUCGUCGUCCGAAACUGCAUUACCUGUGUGAAAGCUCGUCCCAAACUGCUGGAGCAAUUUAUGUCGGAGCUACCGUCCUCCCGAGUCACAGUAAGCAGACCGUUCUCCACCACCGGUAUAGAUUACUGGGGCCCUAUUUUGCUAAAACCACCCCACCGCCGCGCCGGUCCCAAAAAAGCUUUUGUUGCAGUGUUCGUCUGCUUCGCUACCCGUGCUGUUCAUCUAGAGCUGGUGACCGACUUAACUACGGCCAAGUUCCUGCAAGCUUUGAGAAGAUUUGUGGCACGAAGAGGACUAUGCCACACAAUCUACUCAGACAACGGACGAAAUUUCAUUGGUGCAGCAAACGAGCUGCGCAACCUAAUCAAAGACAAGCAGCACCACCAAGCACUAGCCACCGAAUGUGCAGCCAACAACAUACGAUGGGUUUUCAACCCUCCCAAGGCCUCACACUUUGGCGGCCUGUGGGAGGCAGCCAUCCACUCCGCCCAGAAGCAUUUUGUGCGGGUUCUCGGUACUACUCUACUCGCCCACGACGAUAUGGAAACACUAUUGACGCAGAUCGAAUGCUGCUUGAAUUCACGUCCUCUUACACCCCUAAACGAUGACCCAACUGACGACGAGGUCCUUACUCCUGGUCAUUUUUUGGUUGGGUCCGCACUCAAAUCCGUUCCUGAUUCUGACCUUGCGGAAGUUCCUUGUAAUCGACUAACCAAUUGGCAGCUAGUUCAAAAGAAAUUCCAGAUAAUAUGGAAGCGAUGGCAUCUGGAAUAUUUAGCCACUUUACAGCCAAGAACAAAGUGGUGCAACCCACCUAUCAACCUACAUACGGGUCAACUGGUCCUGCUUAUGGACGAAAGAUCGCCACCAAUGCUCUGGCCGACCGCUAGGAUCGAACAAUUACAUCCAGGAGCCGAUGGAAUCAUACGAGUGGUCACACUCCGCACCGCCCAAGGUAAUUACACUCGUCCUGUAAGCAAAAUUUGCCUGCUGCCAAUCGCACCGUCUAAUGAAUCACCAACACCAACCGAAAGUCGACCAGAAACCAAAGCAAAACAACAGCAAUGA